AGCUUUACCAGACUUUUUCCUUUUAGUCAUUUCAGUGAUAGGCGGACAAGGGAGAGCGUAGCGCCGGUGACGUCGCAGCCAGCGUCUCCGCCAUCUUAGUUGUGGGCGGAGAGGCGGCUAUCGCGAGAGCUUGGAGAGUGUUCCUAGUCUAAAUGCUGCGGCUCGGCGGGCGCGGACUCCUACUGGGCUUGGCCGCGGCGGCGGCUGCAGUGGUGGCAGCACGGCUGAUGGGCUGGUGGCGGCCCCGUGCUGGCUUUCGCCUUUUGAUACCCGAGGAGUUGGCCCGCUACCGCGGCGGCCCUGGGGACCCAGGCCUCUACUUGGCAUUGCUGGGCCGCGUCUACGAUGUGUCCUCUGGCCGGAGGCAUUACGAGCCUGGAGCUCACUAUAGUGGCUUCGCAGGAAAGGUUAUAGGAAGGUUCUAUGGAGAGGAUGGGCUACCUACCCCAGAACUGACCCAGGUGGAAGCCAAGAUCAGCAAGGGCUUGGAGGCAAACACACGGGCACUGGAAGAGAAGCACAAGUUUCCACCAUGCAACGCGGAGUGGAGCUCAGCCAGGGGCAGCCGGUUCUGGUGCUCCCCAAACAGUGGAGGUGUGAGCAGAGACUGGACUGGCGUCCCCAGGAAGCUGUAUAAGCCAGGUGCCAAGGAGCCCCACUGCGUGUGUGUGAGAACAACUGGCCCCCCUAGUGACCAGGCGCUGGACAACCCUGCACACAGAAAUCGUGGGGACUUGGAUCACCCCAACUUGGAGGAAUAUACAGGCUGCCCACCCGUGUCCAUGGCAUGCUCCUUCCCACUCUAAGUUGGUGCCCUUGACUCAUGGGCCCUAGGAUGGCCCCUGACAUCAAACAAGUGGGCCCAGAGGGACCAGCCUCUGCAGAUGUGACCCACGACCCCUCACCAUGGGCUCACCCUUCUGGUGACCUAGGCGAGAACUUGGCAACCUGCCUAGUACUGGUCAGCCUGGUUUUGUCACUAUUCCCCUAGAUCUAUUUGCCAUCCUCCUUCAGAGCCCUCAAAUACGAAUGGGCACUAAUACGACCAACCCUGAAUUAACUGGACAGAUGAGCAAAGGGUUCUGAGCUCCAAGAACUACCCACAGACUCGCAGCCUGCCCAGAUCAGCUGCUGGCCUGGUGAGUGGCACUAGCAAAGAGGGACUGAAUCAUUCAUUACAACUCAGACACAGGACAAUACAUCCAGAAAAGACAAAAUAAUAAUAAAUAAUGAUUAUUAUAAUAAAGAACAGCACCAACCUUUCUUAUAUGUGAGACUUCCGUAAGGCAAACUGAAUCUAUAACCAAGAGCUGCGCUGAGUUGGUGUGAGUUGGGCCACCCCAGUGGGAGGUGACAACGAAAGAGAAUGGAUUGUUUCUGGGGGUUGGAAACGUUUUUGCUCAUAUGGAUGCAGCAAAUCCACAUGCCUUUUUUAAAGCAAGGAUAUUGUUUCUCUUUUAAACACUUAACAUUAGGUGCGGUGUGUUUUCAAAGGGAACACUGCAUUUUUGACAGGUGUUUUAGAGCUCUUACAAGGUAACUGGUUAGCACAACAGCAAAGUUUGGGCAAGGCUGCCAAUGCAAACAGCCUCAACAUGAGGUGGCUGGGCUUGCAGCUUCUCCGUGGGUGGUGUCCACAGUCAUCUGUAAUCUACCCUUGACAAAUUUCAUAUCCAUUACCUCCUGGCUUCUUAACUGGUUAAGUAGAAGGGGCGAGGGUAUUCCUGCUUUACAGAUAAGGAAAUGAAGCCUCAUGUUUUACACACUCCUGGUCUCCUCAUCUGAGCCUUCACCUCAGCUUCUUUCACAAUCCCCUCACCUCUUAUUUACACAGUCUGCAUCCUUUCUUUCUCUCCUGUAUCAUUAACCUCAGUAAACAGCUUUCCAGAUUCCCUGACCAGGAAAUGGAGGCCGCCUCCCCUCCCAGGCUGUCACUGCCCUUGUGGCUACAGCUGUUCCUGAUACCAGACUCUGCUCUCAACUCCUUUUGCCUCCCCAGAUCUUCACUUGCCCUUCCUGGACCUUUGGCCUCUCCCUGCCUCCUGGCUCACUCCCCCCACAUCAUAAAUAGAACACUCCCUCAGUAACACCGAGUUCUGCUGUAGCACUAUCUAUUCCUGUCACACAUAAACUUUUUGAAAAAGCUGUAGGUACUUGCUAGGCUUCCUGCUCAGCCCCACUGCCUGGCCCCUGCCCUUCCCUGCUCACAGCACACAUUCUGUAUUGGCAGCUCCCGUGGCACGUUUCCUUGAAAGCCACCUCUCCUCAACUACCCCCUCCCACUCUAGUCGUCUCAUUCCCACCUCAGCUACCCUGUAGACUCUAGUCCAGACGCCUUCCCUGAGCAUUUCUGUAGGCACCUCAGCGCCACAUUUCUGGCAUUCUCUCCGCCUUCUCUCGUGAUUCUGCAAGUUCCCCUGGUGAUGGCCCCACCAGCACCAUCUACACCCAGCUGCACCAGGUAGGAAUCCUUCCUCUCCUGUCCCCCUCCUCCCAACCGUCUGCACUUCUGGUCACUCCACCUCCUCAGUUUGCUCCCUCCGAUCCCCAGCCCACCUCCUCUGAUUUAGGCUGUCCUCUCUCACCUGGAUUACUGCAGGAGCCUAACUCUGCUCCCUGCCUCCAGCCCAGGCUCCAUACCACUGGGAGCCGUCCUUCACGGUGAUGGGGCAGUUCCCCAUUUAAACCUCUUCUGUGGCUCACCCUAUCUACAGGGAUCGAGUGCUGACUCUUUAGCAGUGUGGCACAUGAGGCUCUGCUGUGGUUUGUCUCCUCUCAGCUUUGAUUCUGCCUGCCCACCGUUCGCUCCAGCCUGCACCUCACUGCCUUGUGCCUUCUUCAUUCAGGCUCUUCUACCUGAAAUGAUAGCUCCUCCUCUGUUCAAUUGGUUCACCUCUUACCCUCAAAACUCAGCUCAGUCAGCACCACUUGGGAGCUUUUAUUAACCACUGGCCCACCAGUUGGAUUUA